AUGGCAUUUGGCCACAUUAUGUGGCCCACAUUUCUUUGGGUCAUAUUAAUAUUGUCGUUUGCGCUACCUUCAACACUAGGCCAAACGUUGAAUGAAGGAGAAAAUUGGAGUGAUUUUACUCCAAAUUUAUCCAGCGAUUUGCGCUUGGAAGACAUUAUGCAUCAAAUCAAUCGUUUCAAACGAGCAGCAAAGAGUUAUCCUGGCAAUAUCAUCAAAGAAUGCAGUCUGCUGAGGAAGAGAAAUCCCCGGAGAGGACCAGAUUUCUCGAACCAUCAGCAAUCGGGUGUCGUUCUAUCAGUGAACGACUCUGGCCGAUGUGUGGUCAGUGCUGACAAAGCUAGUCAUUAUUGCGGAGACAUAGAAGUGACAGCGCCACCAUUUCCUCCUCCUGACGCUGGUAAUUGUCAUUUUUCGGUUGAAAGUGGCCGUGAGAUUUGUUGGCCACGAUAUGAGGAUUUGGAUACAACCUGUACCGAUGUGGGAAGCGGUAUGGUUUCCGCACCCGCUAUCAAACAUGCCGCUAUUCGUGCUAUGGCAUUCGUACCGCCAGAUAAUCUCCGCCGCCUUGUGCGACAAUACUAUCGACAAAAAAGUUUACCUAUCCCACAAAAUACAACAUUUAGCAAGAAUUCAUUCUUAUUUGCAUUAUACGAAUGCGAUUACGGAUAUGAAUUUGUGGACGAAGUGAAUUCGAUGUUUUGUAGUAAUCGUCAAUGGGUUAUAACACCACCAAAAUGUCGUGGAAAAGGUUUAUGUGAAGCGGACAAUGGUGGAUGUAGUCAUUCUUGUCUAUCAAUUGAUAAUCGAGAAGUGGAAUGUCGUUGUCCACAUGGACUGGUUCUUGAUAGCGAUAAGAAAACUUGUAUCAAACCUAUCCCAAAAGAUCUGUGUCGCAUUCUUAGUAGUUGUUCAUGUGCGGCCAUUAAUGAAAAUCAGUAUUCAUGUACCUGUCCAAAAGGAGAAAAAUGCUUGCUACUUCGUGGUCAACCAAAGAUUUAUAUUGAUCCAGCAGCACCAUAUGAAAUAGCACCAGGUGGAAAUUUAAACAUUACAUGCUCUGCAGUUUCAUAUCCAUUCCCGCAAAUAUUUUGGCAACGUGGUGAUGAGACAGUUGAUGUGGCACCGGUAAAACCAGGAACUGUUAAAAGUGAACAAAUUUUGAUCAUCAAAGAGCUCUAUAAAAACACUCAAUUCACUUGUCAUGCGAAUAAUUCACUGGGAAAAGCGGAACGUACAAUUGAAAUUGUUGUCACCGGUCCCGGAUCAGCGCCAAUAGUUCGCGGUAUUGAUGCUGGCCGUUCAUCAGUUUAUGUUCGAUGGGAUCCACCGGUAAUUAUGAAUCGACCGGUUACUUCAUAUACAGCAUAUUACACUAAUAAUGCUAACCAACCAAUCAAAAAUUGGAAAAAAGUAAACAUUGAUGAACCAAAUCGUGAGGUAACGAUCAAAGACCUUCGGCCAAACACGCAAUAUUUCAUUCGCUUACGAGCAAACGAUAAACUAGGCCCAGGACGUCUCUCAAAUCCAGUUUCAGUUAACACACGUAAGCCAGCAGUGCGACCGCAACUAUUUAUUAAAGAAGGUGACACGAUACACGUCGGUCCAUUGCAACCAUUCAGUAUCACUUGUAAUGUAACACGUGGAGAUCCAUUACCUAAAAUAGCUUGGUAUACAAGAGCACGGCCAAUCAAUAAACCGCAAAAGAAAAAAUUUAUAGCAAUGGAGCACGGUGGUCUCUAUGAAAGUACAAAUUUCUCAUGUGUUGCUGAAAAUGAAGCUGGUCGAACAACAAAAAGAAUACAAGUUAUUGUAACUGGACCAACAUCUCCGGAGCGGAUACGGUAUCAAAUUCAUGGUAAUAAUGUUGAUUUGCAAUGGGAACCACCGCGUAUUACGAAUGGACCAUUGAAAGAUUAUGAUGUAUUAUAUACAGAUAAUCCGAAUUUAUCAGAUGAACAUUGGGAAAUUGCAAAAGCUGGAAGUGCAGAUGCGCGUUCUUUACGGAUACCAAAUUUGAAAGAAAAAGAAGAUUACACAUUUAAAAUACGAGCACAUAAUGAAUUGGGCCCUGGCCUUUUUAGUGAUAAAUUUACUCUAACAACUUGGCUUGCUGCUCGUCCGCCAAAUGUAACAAUCACACCUGCUGAAAAGAUAGUGAAAGAACCAAGUAAUGAGGAGCUUAUUUUUGAAUGUGAAGCAAAUGGUGUACCAAGACCAAAAAUACUGUGGCUAUGGAGCGGUAGCUUAGUUGAAGAUGGAAAGAAUGAAUUUCGCAUUUAUGAUGUGACACGGCCAGAUGCGCAAGAUCGAUCUAACAGUAAGUUAAUUUCUGAGAAAACGAAUCGGGCUGGAGUAGCUACAUGUCAAGCUGUCAACGCUCAUGGUUCGGAUGAAAAACAUACUGAAGUGAAGAUUCUUGGACCUGGAAGUCCACCACGUGACAUUGCAACAGCUCCAUUUGAAAAUGGCUUUAAAGUCUCCUGGAAUCCACCAAAAUAUCCAAACGGAAAGAUUACCCACUAUACUGUUUACUAUACAAAAAAUCCAGACGAUAAUUUGGGAGACUGGGAGAAGAUAACUGUUGAAGGUGAUCAGCUUGAUGUAGAAGUACCAGCAGAUGACGAUACACCAUAUAAUGUUCGUGUACAAGCUGCUACUAAGGAUGGUCCUGGUAUAAUAUCAGAAGCUUAUGAUGUCACUACUGGCAAAAAACCAGUUCCGCUUUCUGUAAAAUUAGUCAUAUUGGAUCCUCAAGUAGGGGAAAGCGAUACAGAAACAAUCGUGGAGCCAUUACAGACAAUUACAUUUAAAUGUGAUGCAAAAGGAAGACCAGCACCUCAAAUUUCAUACACUUGGCUACCGUUCAAUGAAACCGAAAGUGGACAGGAGCCAAUACCAAUUCCGGCUUAUUCGGACUCAGAAGAAGCCCACCUGUACCAUUCGUUGGAUGUGAAUACUGAUACAGCUACAAAGCGUGCUCUAAUGUGCACUGCUCGAAAUGCUGAUGGUUCUAUGAGUGAUCGACAUAUUUUUAAUGUUCUAAAACCGGGUAGUCCACCAGAAAAUAUUCAAGCAAUCAUCGAUCCGGAUAAUCGUGUCACAAUAUCCUGGCAAGAACCAAAAUAUCCCAAUGGACCUAUUACAAAAUAUAAAGUAUAUGUGACACCUGAUCCGGCCGAGCCGAUUAGUCAGUGGCGCGUCUAUGAUGCUGAACCGAGUGAAACCCCAAAUUUGGUAUUGGAACGUGGUCAGUUACAACCAGAAACUCCUUAUUAUGUAAAAGUUGUAGCAGUCGGUGAAGAGGGUGAUGGUUUACAAUCUGAUAUUGUUCCAUUCGAAACAGUCAGUGGAGCACCAAUUGAUACACCAAAGGAUGUAUUAGCAACAGUGGAGCAAGAUAACACCAUGAAUAUAUCUUGGACGGGGCCAAGUAUUCCUAAUGGUCCAAUUCAGGCUUACACGGUUUAUUUCACGCCAUUAGAUGAACAACAAACAUCAGAUGAUGCUUAUAAACAAUGGGAUAAAAUUGUUGUUCCAAGUAACGAUAGUUUUGGAACUUUACGAUUGAAUAAAGAAACUUACGACAUUUUGCCUAAUCAAUUAUAUCGAAUUCGGAUUUCUGCAACUAACGAUUUAUCGGAGGGUCCAGCAAGUGAACCUAUAACAGUCAGAACUGAAAGUGGAGAAACACCUCCGGUAAUACGUCUGGAACCAGCUGAUAAUCCAGCUACCGUACCACCGCAUGGUUCACUAUCUGUACGAUGCACCGCAACAGGAAUACCGCCACCUACCAUAACGUGGAUUAUUGGUACAAAUGCUAGUGACGUCAUACGUGGACCAAUCCUUCAAUUAACUGAUUUGCGGAAAGAUGAAACUGCAACUUGUAAAGCUGAAAAUAAUGCUGGACAAGUUCAAGAAGUAUUACAAAUACUUGUAGCCGGACCUGGAACUCCACCAAACGAAAUUGUCGCUUUUCCGCAAGAAAAUCAAGAAGCAAACAUAGAGUGGACAACACCAGAUAGUCCAAAUGGAAAAAUAACUGAAUACGUUAUUCAUUAUGGAGAAGUUCCUGAUGGAGAAGCUCUUCCACGUACAUGGGAGACUGUACGAGUAUCAGCUGAUGAACCACAAAAGUAUCAUCUUGCUGGAUUAAAUCCAAAAUCUAAUUAUGCAAUUCGAUUACAAGCGAUCAGUGAUCGUGGGCCGGGUGUUUUAUCGGAUCCCAUCAGACUAACAACAUUACCAUUAGCUCCUGCUGUUGUCCAACCAGCUGAUAUAAAAGUCCAUGAAAAUAAUACCGUUGCUAUCCAAUUCGAUGCACCGAAAGAUCCCGAAGAUCCAGAAAAACCCAUUAAGGAAUUUGUUAUCCAUUACACGGACGAUGAUCCAAUGAGUGAAAAUGCGCAAUGGGAAGAAAUGUUGUGGACAGAACCGGAUGAUGACUUUUCCGUUAACAUUCCGAUUGGCGGCGAACACUUCAAACCUGACACCAAAUAUUCAAUCAAAGUAACAGCUCGCGGUGAAAUCGAUAGUCCACCGUCGGAACCGAUUGUCUUUCAGACUGGAGAUGGAAUUAUACCGCCGGAGAAACCACAGAUUAAUGCUGGUGUGCCAGACAAUGUGAUACAUGUACCAGCUGGUAGUGAUUAUGCAGUUGACUGUUCAUCAAACGGAUUCCCUCCACCAAAAGUUUUUUGGGUUGAUGAAGAUGAGCAGCCUCUUAGUGAUGGACCAGUGCUAAGAUUACAAGAUGUGAAAGAGACGAUAAAAAUAAAAUGUGUGGCGGAAAAUGAUGGCGGUCGAGCUGAAACUCCUUUUGAAAUUUUCGUUACUGGUCCCGGGAAUGCACCAAGCAAUAUUCGGUUGAAUUCGAUAAAACCCCGUACAAUCAAUAUUUGUUGGGAUCCACCAACAAUACCUAACGGGAAUAUCACUCGUUAUAUUAUUUAUUACACUCCAUUGGAUGAUCAGAAUAUAAUUUAUCAGAUGGGACAAAUUCCAAAGAAGCCAAUAACCGAAUGGAUGACAUUUCACAAAGAUAGCGAACCAUUGAUUGGAGAGCCGCAGAAACAUAAUCUAACAGAUUUCAUUGAACCGGAUACUGCUUAUGCUGUGGUACUACAAGCUGUCAAUCAGGAUGGACCCGGACCGUAUUCCGAGCAGCAUACUAUCCGAACGAUGUCACGCGCUCGAGAGGGUCCACCGCUUGAUCUAAGAGUUGAACCAGAAAGUCAACGAUCAGCAAAUGUUGAAUGGCGCAAGCCAAUUACUAGUGAACAACCACCAAUUGGCUAUGAAUUGUACUACAUUAAAGCAGAUGCUAAAAUCUGGGAGGAUGAUUUAGCGAGCAUCGAUGAGUGGAGCAUGUUACCAAUAAGAGAAAAAAAGGAAGAUAAGCUGCACUAUAAGAUUGAUGGAUUACUUGAACCGGAUACAGAAUACGUGUUCCGCAUUCGUGCUGUUUACUCGGAUGGAGCAGGAGUAUUUUCUGACGCUUGUAUCACCAAAACACUUCCAGAUGGUAAUGCUCCGUAUAUUCUCAUUUCGAACGGUGAUCAUGGCGUGGAAGGUGAAACGGAAAUAACAAUCCUUCCAGGAUCAGCGCUUGAUCUCUCAUGUAAUGCAACAGGAGAGCCUCGUCCGUCAGUUAAAUGGAUCCGCUCCGGAUACUAUCCUAUUGAUCCUGCUUGGGUAAAAGCAGACGAGAAGUAUGCCAUAUGGUUUCUAAAAGUAUCAAACAUUACCGAAGAUACAUCUUUCAACUGCGUUGCACAAAGUCCGCUCGGUUUUGCCAAUUGGACAAUCAGUGUUCGUCUUGUUCCAGAUCUUGAGCCGACUUGGAAAAAUAAUUUUGUAAUUCCAAAGAAUGAGGAUGGUGACGUAGUGGUACACUUUACAGAUGACUUGCCGGAUUAUCUUAAGGGACCUCACAAUCCUUGGAAUAUUUAUUGGACUGAUAAUCCAUCAAAGCCUUUGGAAAGUUGGCAUCUAAUUCCAUCUGACGAUCGUCCCUUAGACCGUGUAGUUAUCCCAGAAAUGGAACCAGGUGCUAAAUAUCAUUUAGUGAUCGAGCAACCAUCAGCUGGAAUCAAAACACCCAUCUUCGAUAUCAUGACUCCAAAACCAGCUAGCGAUAUACGUGUUGGAACUGAUAUCAACAGUGAAACAGUGCUUGAUUUUAAGCCAGCGCUUGCUACAGAACCGAUCAAGAAAUACAUUAUCAAAUACUGGCCGGCUAAUAAUCCAUCAGCUGUAAUGUACAUGGAAACACCAGUUAAUGUUACUGAUAAGAUUGUGCUAGAUGGCUUACAACCUGAUACUGAAUACAAUUUUAUGGUUAUUGCAAAAUUUGAUGAGGGUGAUAAUCUUGCGAGUGAACCAGCUGAAAUACGUACACCUUCCGCAGAUAUUCAAUGCCAUUGCGCACAUGCCUGUAUGUUUGAGGAGGAUGAGGAAGGAGUGAUAGGAGCAUCAUGCUAUUGCCACAAUGGUUUCAAGCUUGCUGAUGAUAAGAAAUCAUGCGAACCUAUCGAAGAAGAUGAAGAAGCUGGCGUUAUUCAAGUUACUCCGCCAACAUUGAUUCCUGAAUCCGAGUAUCCGAAGGAACUGUCUACCAUACCAACUCCUUUUGAGGAGUUAAUACCGAAGUUGGAGAAAGAAAAAGAAUCAACUCAGCCCUCGCUAAUCGAUGAGUUCGGACAAACUGCUAAACAGGAUGUGCAAGCGAUAACUACCGAUAUAAGUAGGGAAUUGGUCAGCACCGGCAUUUCGCCACUGCCAACGGAUUCUAGUCAGCAAGAUCGUGUUUUGCCACAAAUCGUUGGUUUUGAUGGUGAACCUUUGCCUACCAAUGAAUACGGGCAGGCAAUGGAUAAUCUUGGAAAUGCAAUUGUGUGGGAUGAUGAAGGUCGACCGAUGGGCCCAAAUGGUAUACCUUUACGUCGCAACUACAAAGGAGAAUAUAUAUAUCCUGUUAUUGGGAAAGAUGGACAACCGUUACCCACUGAUAUUAACAUGAAACCAAUUUAUCCCGUUGUUGGACCGGAUGAUCAGCCGAUCCGGAAAAAUGAAGAAGGUCUGCCUAUCGAUCAACACGGCCAAAUAAUUCCAACAGAUACCGCCGGACGCCCAAUAAGUGUUGAUGGUUCACCUUAUCCAACUGAUGAACAGGGUCGAUACAUAGUAUCGGAAACCGUCAUUCAACAAACUGCACCAACGGAUGAACUUGGACGUGUUAUUUAUCCAGUUUUUUAUCCAGAUGGAGUAUUAUUAGCAACAGUGGAGGAUGGUCGAUUUGUUAACGAAUAUGGACAACUCAUUCCAACUAAUAAUGCCGGUUUGCCGGUUAAUGAGAAAAAUGAGGUGCUACUGAAGGAUUCUGAUGGGAAUUUCAUUUAUGUAGGCAAUUAUGUCUUGCCGACUGAUUCUGAUGGGCAGCCUGUGAAGAUACAAUAUAACGGAAAACUUCUUAAGAGCGACAAAGCGGGGCGUAUCAUUGGCCCUGAUGGACAAUUAGUACCGGUAAAUAAAGACGGACAUCCGGUCGAUGAGUCUAAUACUGUACUUCCAACGACUUCGAAUGGCAUAUUUAUGCUACCAAUAACUGAUGGAAGGAGUACGGAAGCUCCGGAAACAGAACAGAGAAAGGGAGUGGAACGACCACUUCAUAUCAUUGGGCCUAGUGGUUAUUUGCUACCAACCAUGGAUGAUGGAACUGUUUUAGAUCCUUUUGGAAAGGCUAUACCUACGAAUAACAUAGGACAACCAGUGAAUUAUCGUAAUGAACCGUUACCAACUAAUAGUGAGGGGCAGGCUAUCUAUCCGAAAGAUGGUUUGGACUGUCCAAUACCACCAACUGAUCAACAUGGAAGACCGAUUUAUUCAGUGGUUGGACCAAAUGGCAGGUUGCUUCCUCGAAAUAAUGAUGGAAUUGUAGUCGAUCCGGACGGUAACUUGCUUCCAACUAACGCAGCCGGAGUACCUAUCGAUAAAAAAGGGCGGCCACUACCCAGUGAUAGAAAUGGUUCUAUCAUUUAUCCAGCCAGAGGAAUUGAUGCUGAACCCCUUCCAACAGAUUCUAAUGGAAAACCGGUCUAUCCAGUAGUCGGACUUGACGGAAAUUUGUUACCAACAAAUCAAGAUGGUAGAGUGGUUGACGAGAAUGGAAGGCCUCUACCAACAAAUGUUGCCGGUGUUCCAAUCGACGAGCAUGGAGAACCACUGCCAUUCGAUAAGAAUGGCUACAUCAGAUAUCCUGCUACAAUAGAAGGACAGGAAAGACCUGAAUACAUCAUUAUAGGGACAGAUGGAGAACCGUUACCACGAAAUGAAGAUGGAUUGAUUAUUGGUCCCGAUAACAGGCCGGUACCAACUGAUACUUCUGGAUAUCCAGUGGAUCAUCGCGGAAGACCUUUACCUCGAGAUCGAAAUGGAAACAUCAUUUAUCCUGCCAAUGGCCUGGAUGUUGAACCAAUGCCAACUGACCGAAAUGGCAGACCAGUGUAUUUGGUGAUCGGACCGGAUGGUCAGUUGCUUCCGAAGGAUAAUGAUGGUGCUGUGAUCGAUAUCAAUGGACGACCGAUUCCGACGAAUGCGGCAGGAAUUCCGCUUGACAAAUAUGGAAAACCACUCACUAUUGACCGGAACGGUUAUGUUUUCUAUCCAAAGGAAAGUUACGCAACUGAAAGAACCGAAACGCCGGAAUACACUAUUUUGGGACCCGAUGGAUCUCCAUUGCAGCAGAAUGCUGAUGGGGCAGUUGCGGAUCCAUACGGUAGACCAAUUCCAACAAAUGCUGCUGGUGUCCCAGUGAACAAUCGCGGAGAACCUCUGCCAAGAGACAAAAGCGGAAAUAUAAUCUAUCCGGCUGGUGGAUUGGAUGUCCCAGCACUUCCAACUGAUGGUUAUGGAAGACCUAUUUAUGAAGUUAUUGGACCUGACGGUGAACAUUUGCCAAAAGGUCCCGAUGGAAUAGUUUUAGACAUGCAGGGCAAACCAAUUCCAACAAAUGCUGCUGGUGUCCCGGUGAACAAUCGUGGAGAACCACUACCCAGCGAUGAAAGUGGAAAUAUAAUCUACCCGGCUGAUGUAUUGGAAGUCCCAUCACUUGCAACUGAUAGCUAUGGGAAACCUAUUUAUGAAGUUAUUGGACCUGAUGGUGAACCUUUGGCAAAAGGUCCCGAUGGAAUAGUUUUAGAUAUGCAGGGAAAACCAAUUCCAACAAAUGCUGCUGGUGUACCAGUGAACAAUCGUGGAGAACCACUGCCUAGAGAUAAAAGCGGAAAUAUAAUCUAUCCGGCGGGUGGAUUGGAUGUUCCAGCACUUCCAACUGAUAGCUAUGGAAGACCUAUUUAUGAAGUUAUAGGACCUGAUGGUGAACAUUUGCCAAAAGGUCCCGAUGGAAUAGUUUUAGACAUGCAGGGCAAACCAAUUCCAACAAAUGCUGCUGGUGUCCCGGUGAACAAUCGUGGAGAACCACUACCCAGCGAUGAAAGUGGAA